AUGACUAAUGCUUAUCUUGCUGUUAAGGAGAUGAAACAAACAGUAUGUGGUGCAGCUAGACAAUAUGGGGUGCCAGUAAGGACAUUAAGAGACAGAACAAUGGGCAUGAUAUCAGUAGACACAGUUAAAUCAGGCAGAGCUCAAAUCUUUAGUAUGGAAGAAGAGUUGAGGCUGGUUGACCGCAUUAAAGAAAUGGCUCAAUUUGGCUACGGAUAUACCAGGAGAGAAGUUGUAGAUCUGGCCAAUGAUUUUAUUAGAAGUUUGGGAAAGCGUGACAGAGAUAAUCCACUGACCCUGAGGUGGUACCACGGCUUCAUGACCAGAUGGGAGGAACUCCGUUUAGUAAAACCAAUGGCCAUGGAGAUUCAGAGGGUAAAAGCUGGGAACAAAACAACAGUAAAUUCUUACUUCAGAGAACUGCAGGAGGUCAAACAGAAGAACAAUCUCGAGGAUAAGCCGCAUUUAAUAUUUAAUGUUGACGAAAAGGGGAUUCAGCAACAUCAUUCCCCACCAGCAGUAGUUGCUGGGCGACACCUCAACGUCCUUGAAGUGAUGUCACAGAAGUCUUCCACCACAAUAAUUUUAGGAUGUGGAAGUGCUGCAGGUACAGCAAUCCCACCAUACUUUGUUUUUGAAGGAGCAAGAAUGCACCCCGAGUUCUUGACUGGGAAGUCCCCUGGGGCAGAUGGCACAGUAUCUGAGACUGGAUGGUCCAACUUAGCAAUAUUUAGAAAAUACGUAGAGGACCACUUUCUUAAGUAUGCACCAGGAAGGGAAGGAGAUCCUAUCCUAUUGCUUCUAGAUGGCCACAAGUCGCACGUCUCU